CUACAGACAAAAAGACAACUACAGAUCAUUGAAAAAGAAGAUGUCUGAAUCAGAUGAAACCAGAAGAGCCGUCUCCACACGAAAGAAACGCACUCAUGACCAGACAACAAAUGAAACAUUUGAUGAACUUGUUCAAACAUUAAGAGGGUUUUCUGAUCAAAGUGAUGAGAAAAGAAAGAAGAUCAAAGGAGAUCUGCUAAACCUCAAAGAGAAAUAUGUCUUGAAUCUUCCAGAAGAAAAGAAGAUUUUCAAUGACCCCAUUCAUGGUCAAAUUGAGCUUCAUCCUCUGCUGGUGAAGAUCAUCGAUACUCGUCAGUUUCAGAGACUCCGUCAUAUUAAACAACUGGGAGCAAAAUAUCUGGUCUUCCCUGGUGCCACUCACACUCGCUUCGAACACUCACUUGGGGUGGCGUAUUUAGCAGGAUGUCUGGUGAAAAGUCUACAAGAGAAACAGCCAGAGCUCAACAUCACCAAUCGAGACAGCCUGUGUGUCCAAAUUGCUGCUCUGUGCCAUGAUUUAGGUCACGGUCCGUUCUCUCAUUUGUUUGAUGGCAUGUUCAUCCCUCAAGCCCGUCCUGGUAAGUGCCUUUCUUACUUAACUGAUGUCAGUGUUCGUGGUUACGAGUGGAAGCAUGAGGAGGCGUCGAUUCAGAUGUUUCAGCACAUGGUUGAUCAGAAUGGACUGAGAGAAGUGAUGGGAAACUAUGGAUUGAAUCCAGAGGAGGAUCUUCCCUUUAUUGAGAAAUUAAUUCAGGGAGUCAAAACUCUAGAUCAGAAAUCUUUCCUGUAUGAGAUUGUGGCAAAUAAACGGAAUGGCAUUGAUGUGGACAAAUGGGACUAUUUUGUGAGAGACUGUCACUACCUCGGCAUUCCAAACAAUUUUGAUCUUCAGCGUCUGCUGAAAUCUGCACGAGUGUGUGAGGUGGAAAUAGGAGGGAAGAAAGAACAAUCUAUCUGCUUCAGGGACAAGGUGGCAGAUACAAUUUACGACAUGUUUUACACCCGAUACACUCUGCACCGCCGGGCCCUCCAGCACAAGACCGGCUACAUCAUUGAUGUCAUGAUCACUGAAGCCCUCAUAGAGGCUGAUGGCAAGCUGAGACCCGAAUGCACAAUCUCAGAAUCCAUAGAUGAUAUGGCACACUACACUGAAUUCACAGAUGGCAUCUUUGAAGAGAUCCUGAACUACUCUGACCCUGUCAGACAAAAGAACAUGGAACAGGCUCAACGCAUCCUAAAGAAAAUUGUCUGCAGAGAACUGCCAAAGUUUGUGGGAGAUGCCCGUCUGAAGCGAGAAUUAACAGAACAAUUAAAGGAAGAUUUAGAGAAAAGGUUAAAGGAAAUCAAGUGCGGAGGAAACGGACUGACUGCUGAGGACUUUGGUGUUUAUGUGGUUGAAAUGGGAUUCGCUGCAGUGGGCAAAAGCCCCAUUGAUCAUGUGUAUUUCUAUAACAAGAGUGACCUCAACAAAUCCUUCAAAAUUGAGAAGAUGUCCACUCUCAUACCAGAGAAGAUUCAUGAAUGGCUUGUCAGAGUUUACUGCAAAAAUACUGACCAGACAGUCCAGCAGGAAGCAGAGAAAUGUUUUCAUGACUGGUGCAAAAACAAUCGAUACAUUGACUGUUCCAAAAGUGAACACUCAGACCCUGAGCCAUCGGAAACUCUACAAGGAAAAAUCAAGAUUUUCAAUGACCCCAUUCAUGGUCAUAUUAAGCUGCAUCCUCUUCUGGUGAAGAUCAUCGAUACUCGUCAGUUUCAGAGACUCCGUCAUAUUAAACAACUGGGAGGGAACUAUUUGGUGUACCCUGGUGCCACUCACACUCGCUUUGAACACUCACUUGGGAUGGCACACUUGGCACGCUGUCUCGUCGAGGUUCUACAAGAGAACCGAAAUGAACUCAGUACAGAACAAAAGGAACUCAGUACAGAACAAGAAGAACUCAGUACAGAACAAGAAGAACUCAGUACAGAACAAGAAGAACUCAGUACAGAACAAGAAGAACUCAGUACAGAACAAGAAGAACUCAGUACAGAACGAGAGGAACUCAGUACAGAACAAGAAGAACUCAGUACAGAACAAGAAGAACUCAGUACAGAACAAGAAGAACUCAGUACAGAGCAAGAGGAACUCAUUACACCUGAAGAGAGCCUGUGUGUCCAAAUUGCUGCUCUGUGCUAUAAUUUAGGUCAUGGUCCAUUCUCUUAUUUGUUUGAGAGAUUCAUCGGUAAAGUCAAAAACGAUGAUGAAAUGUUUAAGCAUGAAGAGCUCGCAGUUAAGAUGCUUCAGCACAUGAUCGAUGAUGAGAGCAAUAAUCUUAAAGCAGAGAUGGCAAAAUACAGAUUGAAUCCAGAUGAACACUUUUCCUUUAUUAAAAACUUAAUUAAGGGGAAUGAUGCUUCAGUGGAGGAGCGUUCACAGAGACUUCAAGACAAGCCUUUCCUGUCCGAAAUUGUGGUAAAUAAAAAGAAUGGCAUUGAUGUGCGCAGAUGGGACUAUUUUGCACGAGACUGUCAUUACCUCGGCAUUUCAAACAGCUUUGACCAUCAACGUCUGCUAACGUCUGCACGACUGUGUGAGUGUGAUGAUGGCAAAAUGCACAUCUGCUUCAGGGACAAGGUGGCAGAUGAUAUUCACAACAUGUUUCUCACCCGAUACACUCUGUAUCGCCAGGCCUACAAACACAAGAUCUGCUACAUCAUUGAAGAGAAGAUCACAGAAGUCCUAGAAGCAGCUGAUGAAGCACUGAGAAUCUCUACUGCUGUAAUCAGGAUGGAAGACUACACCAAACUCACAGAUCACAUCUUUGAGAAGAUCUUGUACUCAAAAGAUGAAAACCUGAAAAUGGCCCGAACGAAACUUCUGGACAUUGUCGAGAGACGCCUGCCAAAGUUUGUGGCAGAAGCUAGACUGCCAGAAACUGAAAAUCAAGACAAAAAGGCAUUGAAGAAAACACUUCAGGAUAACUGGAUGACAGCAAUACACAACUGGAAAGAAGUGAACUCAGACUCGUCUCUGAAUGCCGGGGAUUUUUUGGUUCAUGUGGUUGACCUGGAUUAUGGCAUGAAGGGUAAAAACUUCAAAGACAACGUCUAUUUUUACACCAAGAGGAACCCCAUGAGGGCCACCAAGAUUCAGCCGUAUCAGGUAUCCAGUAUACUUCCAGACAAGUUUUCUCAAGUGCUUGUCAGAAUUUACUAUGAAAAAUCUAAUAACCAGGGUGAAGCACAGGCACAGGAUGCGGCACAGGCGGUGGCUGAAGCACAGGCACAGGAUGCGGCACAGGCGGUGGCUGAAGCACAGGCACAGGAUGAAGCACAGGCGGUGGAUGCGGCACAGGAAAAGGAGAUAUUGAAGGAAGCCAAGAAGUGCUUUCGUCAGUGGAGCAAAGUCAAAUUUGGACUCCCUCCCCUGAUCAUUUUCUAUGAGGAUGAGAGCUUUCAGGGUGAGUUUUACAGGAGUGGCAAAGACUGUUCAGAUUUGCGUACCUCCCUGCAAUGCUGCAAUUCCAUUCGUGUGGAGGGUGGUGGGACCUGGGUGCUGUAUGAAAAUCCAAACUUCUCGGGCUGUAAGUUUGUUCUGACUCAAGGAAAGUAUCCAACGUGGAAGGGCCCCAAGAACUUUGGUUCCUGCAAGAUCUUCUUUUAUAAGAUCGAGCUCUACAAACAAGAGAAUUUUGCAGGUGAGCCGCAUGUGACCUCAGUGGACUGUCGUUCUUUGCCUGACCGUUUCAGUACAAGUGAGGUCCGCUCCUGUAAGGUGCUCAGAGGUGUUUGGAAGCUGUAUAAGGAAACAGACUAUGAGGGUGAACACUACCAACUGGAGGAGGGGGAGUAUCCAAACCAUCAGGAGUGGGGUGCCGACUGCCCCACUGUCCGGUCUCUCAAACUAGCACAAAAUUCUGACCAAUAAUAAAUCCAUCCUUCAAUUCUCCUAGUUCACUUUUGGGCAAACUCUUAAAUGUUUACAGUUAAAUGUUUCUAUAAAGGUUGAUUAUCAGUACUCGAUGAUGAAGGUUGUGUUAUGCUAUAAAGGGUUUGUUUUUGAUUGACCCUAACAUCAUAUAUUCAGUAUAUAUUUGGUGAAAAGUCCAUUAGAGAUUGAUUUACAGUUAUAUGGAGUAAUGUGUCUACAUUAUAAUCAUUAACCUUUUCUGGGAAUACAGGGAUUCAAUUAUAUUAAGUUUUGCUUUUCAAUGUAUCCAUAAACUGACACGUUUGUAAAAUUGUUGCAGCAUGUCGACAUUAAUACACUUGA